AAGUUUAUUUUCUCUUUGGAAUGCUGGGAUGUACGAAUUUAACAACCCGGCGUGGUGGUGCCGUUACAUGCAUCGUUGGAGUCUCUAAAACAAUUAAUAAUUCUAGUAAUAAUAAUAAUUUAAGAAGAAGUGGCCCUGUCCUGGUGAACCCAUGUCAAACGUUAACAACUUCAAGAGCAGAGGAAGGAAGUUUAGGCAAACGUUUGAAAGGAAUUCCGAGUUCUCGGCUCACUUCUCAGUUUAGUUUGAAAUCUAGAUUUUACGAGACAUCAAUUAUCAGAUAUUAUUCUGCAGUACCUUACACAAAUCCAGAAACUAGAGGUACACGAGCAAGUUCAAAACCUAUUCCUGUUCCGGCAAAUGAAAGAAUUCCACUUCCUCCACAUGCUAGUCCUGCAACUGUUUUUGAUCAUAAGGUCAUGUACAACGACUUGUCUGAGGAUGUUCACCAGAGGGAGGUUGUUGCACGAUUCCAGUCUCUAUACGAGAAAAUUGGUACUUACAGACCAAAGACGUCAGCCUCCUUGUUUUCCAUGUUGUUCCCUGGACCUUCGAGUAGACGAUGGCAGCUGAGUGGAGGAGGAGAAAGAGUGCCAAGGGGAAUAUAUCUAUGGGGAACUGUAGGAGGGGGGAAAACUAUGUUGAUGGAUAUGUUCUUUGACACAUUGGAAGGAUUAGACGCUGAGAUAAAGAAGAGACGAAUUCAUUAUUAUGAUUUCAUGCAAGAGGUUCACACGAGGAUGCACGAAGCUAAGAAGAAGGCUCCGCCGAGAGAUAUAUCAAGAUGGGAUACUUACCAACCUUUUGAUCCUGUUCCACCUGUAGGAGAUACAAUUCUAGCAGAGACAUGGAUACUUUGCCUAGAUGAAUUUCAGGUGACGGAUAUCGCUGAUGCCAUGAUCCUUCGACAACUCUUUGCUUAUCUUUUCGACAAGGGUCUGAUUUUGGUCGCAACAAGUAACAGGCCUCCGAAUGAUCUUUACAAAAAUGGGAUUCAAAGAUCAAAUUUCCUUCCUUUCAUAGAGAUGCUAAAAGAAAAAUCACAUGUAGUUUCCUUGGAUCCUGGGGUCGAUUAUAGAAGGCAAUCUUUAGCAGGAUCAGAUAAACUAUUUUUUGUGACCUCGAAUCCCGAGGAUGAGGCGGAGGCCUCCCUGACCGCCAUGUUCAAAUUUUUGGCGGCAAAAGAAACCGAUACAGUUAAACCUGUUACAAUCAGGAUUAAAGGAAGAGAUGUACACUUUGAUAAAGGAUGUGGAGGAGUUCUUGAUACUUCAUUCAAGGAGAUUUGUGAAAGACCUUUGUGGACAAAUGAUUACCUAAAACUGACACAGGUGUUCCAUACAAUUAUAAUACAUGAUAUUCCAUAUCUUAGCCAGCAAAAUAAAUCUCAAGCUCGCAGAUUUAUAUGCCUGGUAGAUACCUUGUACGAUCAUAAAAUCCGCAUAGUGGCAUCAGGGGUAGCGCCUUUUUGGGAACUUUUUCAGAACGAACGAAUAUCUGAUGCUCAGAGACUUCAGGAGAACAGAGAGCUGAUUGAUGAUUUAGGAUUAAAGGCUGCUGGAUCUGGUUCCUUGGAUUCAGGAGUAUUCUCAGGGGAAGAAGAACUUUUCGCUUUCGAUAGAACAAUAUCUAGACUAACAGAGAUGCAGAGUAAGGACUACUGGAACCAAUGGAAGUCCUAUGUAGAGAAUCAAGAGAAGAAAUCUUAAUCAAAAUAUUUAAAGAAAUAUUUUUAAUUAAUGCACCGCCAAUAGGGUCAUAUUUUAUUAUGCAAUAAUUCCGUCUGACUCGGAACCAUCCGUAAUUAUUUCAAAAAUGCCGAAAUAUCUAUGCAAGGUUCUAGUAAAUUUCUGUAACCGCGACACCAUAUGCAAAAACGUUUCAUGUUUUUCAAAAUAUUUUAGUUUUGAUAAAACUAAGAUUGAAUGAGCAUCAAGCUAACAGUUAGUUGUGUUUAGGAUGAAUUUAAUACCACAAAAUAUUAUUUGAGAAACUAAAUAUUUUUCUCCAUGUUUGGAUCCGUGUCGGACGGUCCAGCAGAUGCGAUAUACAUCAAUUAUACGAUUGUCGGAUAUAAAACUUGAUAAGAACAACUAAAUUGUUCAUCCUAAAAUAAAUCCUUUUUGGUGGCUCCUUCAUUAAAUAGAUUAUGUUUAGCCCUGAAUAUGUAGAAACAAAUUUUAGUGACCAAGUCUGUAAAUAUGUUUAUUUAAGUUUAUGAUAUUGUUAAUCUUGAAAUUUGCAUCCUGAAAAGAAACCAAUAAAAAGAUAAAUUCAUU